AAAUCUUCAAAAACAAAGAAUUCCUAAACAAGAAACAUCCUUUCUCUAAAAAUUCCCUAAAACUUUCUUCAUGGCUGAUCAAAACCAUCUCCAACUUACUGUCAUUAAAGAAAAUGAUAAUCAUAACCAAAACCAAGUACCUGAAGAAGACUCUGACUACUUCCAAAGGGCACAGUGGCUUCGAGCUGCUACAUUAGGAGCCACUGAUGGAUUGGUUACAACAGCAUCUUUGAUGAUGGGUGUUGGAGCUGUCCAGAAAGAUAUUAAUGCCAUGAUAUUAAUCGGCUUUGCAGCAUUGUUUGCUGGUGCUUGUAGCAUGGCCAUAGGAGAGUUUGUUUCUGUGUACUCUCAAUUAGACAUAGAGUUAGCUCAAAUUAAGAGAGAGACCAACAUAAGAGCACAGAAUCAUGAACAGCAAGAAGGAGAAGACAAGAAGGAAGGACUCCCAAAUCCAUUUCUGGCAGCCAUAGCUUCAGCUGUUGCGUUUUCAUUGGGUGGCAUAAUACCAAUUGUUGCUGCUGGAUUUAUACCUAACCAUAAGGUGAGGAUGAGUGUGGUGGUGGCGGUAGUGAGCUUGGCAUUGUUUGUAUUUGGAGGAGUUGGUGCUGUUCUUGGGAAAAGUCCUGCAGUGAGGUCUUGUGCCAGAGUUUUAAUCGGUGGCUGGAUGGCUAUGGCCAUUACCUUUGGACUUACCAAAUUGAUUGGCUCUGCUGGCAUGGAGAUAUGACCGGAAUAUUAUGUUCCUGUCCCUACUCCCAGUCCAGAACAUCUUUUUUAACAAAUGUCUGUUGUGUUUCCGACUAAAUUUCCAGUAUAAGAAUAGAAUAAAUGCAAGAUAUCUUUUUCUGUAACGGUUGUGGUGUGAAUGAAUGAUAGUGACGCGUUUUCUGAAAUUUAUAUACUUGUAAUCUUGCUUCUUCAAUGUGCUUGGCCGUAGCAGACUUGCACUCCAAGGGGAAGUAACAUACUACUAAUGAAGGGUUUUCUAAAGUUA